UAGUUUUAUUUGUUAUUGUUCAGAUCUGGCAGUUGACAACAGUUAGUUCGAGAGGUUCUCGGUAUUGUAUUUUCCGCAUGAGUAGUUCAGGUUUCAUGUACUAAUUCCCCGUGAUCAUGCCACAUCAUGCACACUACCAACGGUAGAUACGUUCGUGGCGACGAGCAGCUUUUGGUUGGAUUUGAACCGUCUGCAUUUGUUGCGUUUAUCAUGAUAUAAAACGGCGCCCAUCACAGCAGUCUAGUGGAAGGAAAACAAACCCACAAAGCACGAAUGGAUGUGUUAAACGGUGUGGCGAGAAAGGAGCAGGUAAUGGCGGCAAAGAACGAUUUUGAGGUAAACGCGAACUCGCCUGCAAUGGCGGAGGAGACGGCAGAAGAUCCCGCUCGUAUGGCGUGCCAGGGGUCGGAACUAGAACGCUGCGAACCUGGAGUAAAGCUAUCGUACCCCGAUAGCAAUCUUCGGUGUGGUUGGGGUUCAUGGCAACCAAAAUGUCUACAGAGAUUCAACACUGCUCCGUGGCUGUUGUUCUGCAUAUGUUUCUUUGCAAUCAUCCAAGGCAUGGCUGUAAAUGGACUCAUAAAUUCUUCCGUGAGUAGCUUAGAAAGACGUUUCGAACUGUCAAGCUCUCAUCUAGGACUACUACCAUCAUUUUUCGAUCUCAUUGCCGCCAUCUUGUUGGUCAUGGUGGGUUACUGCGGAGCACGAGGUAAUCGACCGCUAUGGCUUGCUCUCGGUUUGAUCAGUCUUGCGGCAGGGUCUUUCGUCUUUGCCUUGCCACACUUCACAACUGAUCUUUACCAGUUCACAGUCAGCAAUCAGAGCGGUGUCUGCUCACAUAAGACUGAUGAAAACCCGGCUGAGGUACCAGUGGAAUGCCUCCCGGACACCGAAACCAGCAUCACGAGUUUAUCGCGGUACUGGUAUGUUUUUAUUUUGGCGAAUCUUUUCUUUGGGAUAGCCUCGGCGCCGGUGUACUCACUUGGACCAGCCUUCAUUGACGAAAGCGUUAAAAUGGAGUCAGUUGGACUUUAUAUAGGUAUCUAUGCGUUUUGCUGUGCUUUGGGUCCAGCCAUAGGAUUUACCCUAGCGGGUCUCAUACUUGAUAAGUUAUUCACAGACUUCAUCGAAAUAGAUCAGGCAAGUCUGCCCAUAGAUUCUUCAAACAGAGAGUGGGUUGGGGCAUGGUGGCUAGGCUUUCUUCUCUGCUCAAUACUUGCUCUUAUUAUAGCUGUACCGAUGAGUUGUUUCCCCGUAGAACUCCCGGAAACUAAAAAAUUGCGAGCAGACCGCGUGUCCCAAGCACACGCUAAAUCUGGUGCUGAAAUCGUCAGCAAGGCAGACUUUGGCCUGACGUGGCGCGACAUGCCCACAGCCACCAAACUUUUACUCAGGAACCCUACAUACAUACUGCUAAAUGUUGCCUUGACGGCAGACUUCAUCUUCCUGUCUGGCUCGGAGGCCUUUUUACCCAAGUUUCUUGAGAGUCAAUUUGGAGUCAGUUCCGGUGAUGCAAGCCUUAUAGUUGGUGUGAUUGCCACAGUUGCAGGAGGUGGUUCAGUUUUGUUCAGUGGCUGGUUGAUCAAACGCUUUAACAUGAAGAUACCAGGGCUGCUGAAACUCUGCAUCAUCGCUACAGCUGUAGACGGUAUCCUCAUGCUGGGUUUGCUUCUCAGAUGUGAAGAGAUACCACUAGCUGGCGUUUUCAAAAACUACCAAGGAAAUGGGUCAUUAUCUGAAAUUCAGCUGGAAAGCUCCUGCAAUUUGGCCUGUGAAUGCUCAACUGAAUUUUAUUUACCAGUGUGUGGUGAGAAUGGAAUGAUCUACUUCAGUGCCUGCCAUGCUGGCUGCCUUAACUACGAUGACAAGACAAAUAGUUAUAAUGAUUGUUUGUGUACUUCCUUAAAUGGCACUGGUACAGGCAGUGCAACGCCGGGUCUCUGUCCAUCGACCUGCGGCCAGCUUGGUCUCUUCAUUGUAUUCCUUACUGCAAUUAUCAUUGCGUACUUUCUGAGCGGGGUACCAGCCUUCAAUAUCAUGUUAAGAUGUGUUCCAGAUGGCCAGCAGGCCUAUGCAUUAGGAUUACAUGGAUUCUUGGUCAGAGCAUUUGGAGCAAUCCCUGGACCAAUCUUAUUUGGGUACAUCUUGGACACAACCUGUACAUUAUGGCACAAGGAAUGUGAGGAGAGCGGACAGUGUUGGUUCUAUAACCGUACCGAUGUCUCUAUCUACGUCAUGAUGCUAGGAAUGAUUGUUAAAGGAGUUGUCUUUCUAUUCCAUUGUCUCGCCCUAUACUCCUACCGACCGAUAUCUUCCCCAGAUGGGACCAGUAAACCGAACAAUGAUGUAUAUAAGCAAAUUCCUUUUGAUGUGGAAACAUGAUGUAUUAAGUGGCUUAACUAACUGUGUACAUUGGAAUCGAAUCUCAAAGUCUUCCAAAUGGUUUGAAGAAUCAUUUAUAUAAAAGAUAUAUGAGAGGGUAUUCUAACUUGAAGCUUAUUAAUGAAUGUCAUUAAAUUAGGUAAUUUAUUUUUGAUGCAGUUUGUAAAAAUUUGUUUACCUAAAAGGAACAAAUUGUAAUCUGAUUCUGCUGCAGGUAGUGGAAAGGUUACUCAGUAUUGUCACAAGGUAAAACAAAAAUUUGUAUAGAUAUAUAUUCUGUUCUUCUAUCAUUGGGUAAAAUAUCUAUCAGAUUAUAACUGGAGAUGUUAAUUUUUUAAUCAGCUCUAUUUUUGUAUUAACUUGAACAUUUGUACACAUCAAUAUGAUAAAUUGUUAAAGAUGCACUUGCACGGGUUGAGAUUGAUAGGUGUCACUUUUGGAAGUUCCUUCCAUAAAUUGGUUUUCUAAUAGUUGGUUGCACUUUUGUUUUGUUGUGUAGUAAAUUGUGAAUUCUUUUAAUCUUUUGUUUUUUUUCCCCCAUCUUGAAGAAAAAGAUUAGCAAGGUCAACAUAGUGUUUUGGUUCAACCAUUUUCCAACAAAAUAUUAAAAAAUAAAUUCCCUCCUAAACAUUUCAGAACUACUGUUAGAAUUUGGUUUCAGAAAAUUAAACAAUUAAACCCUGAAUAAACAAAGUAACAACAACACGUUAUUAUAAAAUGCCAUGGAUAGUUUGUUUUCUUUCUGGGAUAACUGUCCGUGCGUAAAACUAUACAUCAACUGAUCAUACAAAAAGAAGAUGUUUCAAAACUGGCCCAAUGGCUUAUGAGCAACCACCUAUAUACAACUUGGGAAAGUUUUGAGGAAUACAUGUAACACAUCAUUUGAAAUGGUUAAAGAACAUUAAGAAAACUCCAACAAAAUAAUUGUUGUACCAAAAAUAUUUAAAGGUUACAACCUUUCAAGACAAUCUGCCUUUUUCUACUUGUAUAUAUUAUUUCUUGAAAUUAGUUGUCAAUUUAUUUGUUUUGUAUGAUAACAUACGGUAUUUCAAGUAAAUGCUGCGCAAAUAUGUUGGUUUUCUCAUCUUGAUAAUAUCAGUGAAAGUAUUUAAAGUAUAAAAUGGUCCCAGGUUUGUUAUUUUGUGCAUAAUGUUGGGAUACAUCGAGAGAGUAGACAGGUCUUUGACAAUUACCAAAGGC